CGCUGGGCGCCCGCCGCCAUGGCGUUCCAGCAGCUGCUCUCGGGGCUCGCGGAAGAGCACCGCAAGCUCGAGCAGGAGAGGAACGAGCUCUCCGAGGAGCUCUCCCGGCUGCGGCGGGAGUCGCGCAGCAGCCCGGGGAGCCGCCCCCUGCCCCUGCAGGCGCUGCCUGGCCAGGUGCCGCCGCCCCCGCAGGGGGCCGAGGAGGCCGGCCUCGUGGCCGUGCGGGCCGUCUCCGGGCGCCAGCUGCGGCGCGAGGCGCCGGAGGCCGAGGCCUCCGCGGCGCACUUCGUCUCGGUGAGCCUCGAUGGGGGCCCGUCGGCCACGAGCUCCACGCAGCCGGGCCCCGAGGCGGCGUGGCGGUGCUUCGCGGCGGGGCUGCCGGCGCAGGCGCACCACCGCACGCUGAUGCUGGAGGUGCUCGCGCACCAGGGCGAGGGCGUGCCUCCCGUGAGCGUGGGGAGCACCUCCGUCGAGUUCCGUUGCCUCUCGCCGGGGAGGUGGGAAAAGAGGACAGAAGCGCUCCCGUCCAAGGGCGGGCUGGUAGAGUUCGAGGUGAGUUGGCAGCCAUCGGAGGGCGGCGGCGGCGGCGGCGCAGAAACCCACAGCAUGGGCGGAAUACACAAGGCGCCAGACUCCCGCCGCAACAGUACGACAAAAACGCACUUGGGAGUCCAGAGCACCUCGAUGGGAAACUACUUGCUCGACGAGGGGGAGAUGAUGAACAGAGCCAGGCAGAAGGCGCGCUUUCCGGGCUGGCGGGUUUGGCCUGAACGUGUCGCAGCAGUACGCCUACACAGUCACCGCCGAUAA